CGCAAGAGUUGGAAGGGACCUUGGAGGUCUUCUAGUCCAAACCCCACCCCCGCUCAGGCAGGAAAUCCUAUACCAUUUCAGACCAAUGGUAGUCCGAUCUCUUCUGAAAAUCGUCCAGUGAUGAAGCACCCCUUCCUCCUCCCAGCUUCCAAUUCUAAUCUCCCUUCUCCUCUGCAGCCUGCUUGUCGUCCUGGGAAAAGGGCCAAUCCAGAAAUCCUCGCUUCACCUUUAUAGCCGAGGAUGGCUGUGCAAAUGUCAGGCACAUCCUCUUUGUUUGCAGAUCCGUGUCAUGCCGUUGCCCCUGAACCUUCAGCACUGCACAGAGGAGAGAGAAGUCGAGGUGGCAGCGCAGAGGCCACGGCCGAACUUUCUCCAUGAGGAGGAGUAGAAGAUGCCGGCUUUGCCCGCGCUGCUGCUGCUGCUGAUACUCGCCUUCACCCACCAGAGCCUGGAGUUGUUGUCCUCUCUGCGCAUGGCUGCCAUUUUGGAUGACCAGACAGUGUGUGGACGUGGGGAGCGACUCGCCUUAGCUUUGGCCCGUGAACACAUCAACAGCAUCAUUGAAGUGCCCGCCAAGGCCCGGGUGGAGGUGGAGAUCUUCGAAUUGCAGCGGGACAGCCAGUACGAGACCACCGACACCAUGUGUCAAAUUCUGCCUAAAGGGGUAGUCUCCGUUUUGGGACCAGCGUCCAGCCCGGCCUCUGCAUCCAUCGUCAGCCACAUAUGUGGAGAAAAAGAGAUACCCCAUGUUAAGGUGGGUCCUGAGGAAACGCCCAAAUUGCAAUACCUGCGCUUUGCUUCGGUCAGCCUCUACCCCAGCAACGAGGAUGUCAGCCUGGCGGUGUCUUGCAUUCUGAAGUCCUUCAACUAUCCCUCAGCGAGCCUCAUUUGUGCCAAGGCUGAAUGCCUAUUGAGACUGGAGGAAUUAGUGCGACAGUUCCUGAUCUCCAAGGAAACUCUUUCGAUCCGGAUGUUGGAUGACACCAACGAUCCCACGCCGCUGCUGAAGGAGAUCCGAGACGACAAAAUCUCCACCAUUAUUAUCGACGCCAAUGCUUCCAUCUCUUACCUCAUCCUGAAGAAGGCUUCAGAGUUGGGGAUGACAUCUGCCUUCUACAAAUACAUCCUGACAACCAUGGACUUUCCAAUCUUGCACUUGGAUGGAAUCGUGGAUGAACAUUCCAACGUCCUGGGCUUCUCCAUGUUCAACACCAGCCACCCUUUCUACCUGGAAUUUGUCCGCAGCCUCAACAUGUCAUGGCGGGAGAACUGUGAACUCAAUCUUUACCCAGGACCGGCAUUAUCAGCAGCCCUCAUGUUUGACGCAGUACAUGUGGUUGUGAGUGCCGUGCGGGAAUUGAACCGUAGCCAGGAGAUUGGGGUUAAGCCCCUGGCUUGCACAUCAGCUAACAUCUGGCAACAUGGAACCAGUUUGAUGAACUAUCUGCGCAUGGUAGAGUAUGACGGGCUGACGGGACACGUGGAAUUCAACAGCAAGGGUCAAAGAACUAAUUAUACCCUGAGAAUUCUGGAAAAAAGUCGACACGGACACCGGGAGAUUGGGGUGUGGUACUCGAACAAAACGCUUGCAAUGAAUGCCACAACGUUGGAUAUCAAUGCCUCAGAGAGCCUUGCCAACAAGACCCUGGUGGUCACCACCAUCUUGGAAAACCCAUACGUGAUGCGUCGGGCAAACUUCCAGGAACUGUCUGGUGCCGCCCAGUACGAAGGUUUCUGCGUGGACAUGCUUCACGAGCUUGCCGACAUCCUUAAGUUCCGUUUCCAGAUCAAACUGGUGGAAGAUGGACUUUAUGGGGCGCCUGAACCUAAUGGAUCUUGGACUGGCAUGGUGGGAGAACUCAUCAACAGGAAAGCCGAUCUGGCGGUGGCUGCCUUCACCAUCACAGCCGAACGGGAGAAGGUCAUUGACUUCUCCAAGCCAUUCAUGACCUUGGGAAUCAGCAUCUUGUACCGUGUACACCUGGGACGCAAACCGGGGUAUUUCUCCUUCCUUGACCCGUUCUCCCCAGCUGUUUGGCUUUUCAUGCUUCUUGCCUAUCUGGCAGUCAGUUGUGUCCUCUUUCUAGCUGCUCGGCUGAGCCCUUACGAAUGGUACAACCCUCAUCCUUGUCUCCGGGAGCGUCACAACAACAUCCUGGAAAACCAGUACACGCUGGGCAACAGCCUCUGGUUCCCAGUUGGGGGCUUCAUGCAACAAGGAUCCGAAAUCAUGCCACGAGCACUUUCCACCCGUUGCGUCAGCGGGGUCUGGUGGGCCUUCACUCUGAUCAUCAUCUCUUCCUACACGGCCAACCUUGCUGCCUUUCUCACCGUGCAGCGCAUGGAGGUGCCUAUAGAAUCGGCGGAUGACUUGGCUGACCAAACCAACAUCGAAUACGGCACCAUCCAUGCUGGUUCCACCAUGACCUUUUUCCAGAAUUCCCGAUAUCAAACUUACCAGCGCAUGUGGAACUACAUGCACUCAAAGCAACCGAGUGUCUUCGUCAAGAGCACAGAAGAGGGGAUUGCUCGGGUGCUGAAUUCGAAAUAUGCCUUUCUUUUGGAGAGCACGAUGAACGAAUAUCACCGGAGGCUCAACUGUAACCUUACCCAGAUUGGGGGGCUACUAGAUACCAAGGGCUACGGCAUCGGGAUGCCCCUGGGUUCUCCAUUCCGGGAUGAGCUCACCCUGGCUAUUCUGCAGCUUCAGGAAAACAACCGGUUGGAAAUCCUGAAACGCAAAUGGUGGGAAGGAAGCAAAUGCCCAAAAGAGGAAGACCAUCGGGCCAAAGGGUUGGGUAUGGAGAACAUUGGAGGAAUAUUUGUGGUGCUGAUCUGUGGACUCAUCAUUGCCGUCUUUGUGGCCGUCAUGGAAUUUGUGUGGGCCACACGGCGCUCAGCGGAGCACGAAGAGAUCUCCGUUUGUCAAGAGAUGCUGAGGGAGCUACGUCACGCGGUUUCUUGCCGCAAGCCGACUCGCUCCCGCCGGCGCCGGCGCCACUACCCCAUCCGCGGGGGCCUUUCGCUGCGAUCUGUCCGGGAGAUGCGCCUCAGCAACGGCAAACUCUAUUCGGGGACUUUAGUGACAGAACCAGGCCCUCAGCGCCUGCUGGAAGAGCCCCCCAGGCCUUGUACCCACGUCCGCAUUUGCCACGAGUGCCGGCGCAUCCAGACUCUUCGGGGAGCUCCCCCGCCACCCCGGGGGCCCCCGCCGCCUGAAGAAGGCACUCCACGGAGGGGAGUUGCCCGCGAACUCAACGAGCAGGAGUGACUGCUCCCUGCCCUUGCUUUUUGGCCCCCUCCUGGUUGACCUUGCCUUCGCUCAUCGGCGGAGGUGCCUCCAGUUAGAGAUGUACGCUAUGCGUAUGCCCUGGACGAGGGACCCGAAACUGGGAGGACCCACACAGAGCCCCACACAGGGACCCUCGCCCUUGGGGGCUGCGGAAGUUUGCAGCUCUCCUUCCAAGCGUCCCGGAGAAAGAAACCCACCUACUCGUUCCAAAAUACAGGGGAGGGAGGGGUCCCUUUUUUGUGCCGCCCUCCUUACAUGAGAACGAGGUACUCAUCAUGCCUGGUCCAUUCCUCCUUCUCCCCCUUGCUCUCCGUCACCCAAAUUUCACCCUCUGGAUGGAUGGAUCCACGGUGGCACUACAAGAAAAAGAGCAGUGUCAUGCUUUGGGGAGAAGAGAUCGCGAAACUGUCUACUUUUCAAGAAGAGCUUUCUCCUCCAGGUUGUCCUCCAUGUUUUCUGGACCUCUGGCCUCCCUCCAGAAGCUCUCAAGAUAGCUUUGUGCUGGACCCCCGUUCCAUCAACCUCUGGAGGAUGUGCUCAGCAGCUGUACUGGAGGUCAAAGAAACCUGUGGAUCAGGAACGCUGGGCGGUAAUGCUCUCCAGCUACGGUAGGGGGGGGGUAGGGUUCCCACUCCUGAAAUCACCCACCCAUCCACCCCACCAGAAAGCACAGGUAGCUCCAAGUCACUCCCAACCUCAGUUAAGAUGAGUAGGGUUUGUGGUUGUGUGGAGAAAAAGAGCAUUGGACACCAAGGUUGCGCUCAGAAUCCACUGAAGUUGCCUUGGGAGAAGUCAGCAAACCCAGUGGGUUCCACCUGGAGAUCCCACAACCAAGAGGUUGAAGGAGCAGUGGAAAUUAAAGAGCAGAGGUGACCGACAAAUCAACUUUGGAAAGGGAGAAAUUAACAACACAAGGAUGUUCCCUCCCCCAAAGGGAAGAUAAGUGGGGUGUGGGAGCGGGUCUGUGGAGCUGCGUGCUCACAAUAUCUUGUCUGUCUUUUUUUUUUUAAUUUUUGUUUCAUUCUUUUAAUUUUUUUUUCCCUUUGGGAUAAAUUUCUAUAGAAGCCAAAACAAAACAAAACAAAACAAACAAAAAAAAUUCUGGAGACUUUAGUGACAACCCCAAAAGACAAAUAAAUGUGAAAAUACUUGGUUCUUUUAA